GUUACAGAAUAGUGAGUUGGCUCCUCGACUAAAGUCACCAACUCCCUACCUUCAAUCAAGGAUGCUCUAUCAACCUAGGCAGAUAUUCUCAUUCUAGGUUAAAGCAGAAACAACAGGAAUUUGAUCAGGAUUCAAGUCAUUCAAUCAUUCCAACCUCAAUUGAACAUAAUCACAUCAUAGAAUCAGUACUUGGGUUCAUACAAUCAAACCUAACAUACAAAUCUAGGGUUCUCCAUACCCAGAUGAAUGGGAGAACUACUCCAUGGAGAAAGAAGCAAAAGCAGAUUCAGACGCGGAAUUCUUACUGUGAAGGAUGGAUUCCUGCUCCUGGACGUUGAUUGGCACUCCUCCAAGCUCAAGCCAAGCUCCAAUGGUGAUGAAGAUCAAGCUAGGGCACUUGGAGACUCUUGUUCGUCGCUUUAUCUCUCUAGGAAUCGCUCUGUCUCUCUAAAACUCGAAUCCCCCCGACUUGUGGCUGGAAAUUGGCUUAAAACCAGAAAAUCCCGACUCACACGGGCAGGCCACACGGCCGUGUGGCCCACCCAGUUGCCCGUGUAGCUCCAAACGCUGCGUAUCGAUUAGUUGAAUUCCAGGCUUCUUACACGGCCUGGGUCACACGGCCGUGUAGCUCACCCAGCAUGGCCGUGUGAAGCCUCGCAGAAUUCCACACGGCCAAAGUGCAACUUCACACGGCCGUGUGGAAAUUAUCUGUGCCCGUGCGAGGUCUCGCACAAUCCCACACGACCAAACUGGUCACUUGCACGGCCGUGUGGGUUGUGGGUGUGCCCGUGUGACUUCCUUUGUGACUUGCCUCGCACUCGAUCUUCGCCCAAUCGACCCCGAACUCGCUCCUAAACCUUCAUUCACUUGCCAGGACCUGAAAUAUCACAAACAAGCACAACCUAGCGUGAAAUCGGUCUAAAACACGAGAAACCACAUCUCAAACGGUUAAGAACAGGGGUGAAAACAUGUGUAAUUAACGGUCUAUCACGCACGUCACCAGGUGAACAACCUUGUUGAUGUCUUCCAUGACCUCCGCUGCUUGAGACCCCUCAACUUCUGGUUCUCCAUCAUAUCCCUAAUAUGCAUCCUAAUCUCCUCCCCUUUCACCACAAACUCCCCAUUCCAUCCCCAAUUCCUCCCAACAUACCCACCCCACAUUCAGCCAUUGCCACCCCUAUUAUUCCCUAAUCCCUAAUUGACAAAAUGCGUGUAGAUUUAACAUUAUGACUUAUGAUCAGUACCGUCGGUCAUCAUUCAUUCGAGAAUUUAUAAAUUGGAUGUUGGUUUUCUUCGACAACUCCAAUUAAUGAUAAUAGAAUAAAUUUUGGUACAAUAUAAAAGAGAGUCACCUCCCCGACACGACACCGCUUCUCUAACUUUUGUGGGGUGAGGUCGUUUGCUGAUCGGGGAUUGAGUUUAGGUGAGGAAGAAGAAAAUUGCCACCAGUGAGGAUGUAUAGGCCACAACAGAAGAAAGGAUACAGUCGGUUUGAUGUCAGAGAUGAAGAGGAAGAGUUGGGCUUUACAAUAGUUUGCACUUUUGAGCCACGGCUGUGCAAUUUUGGUUUGAGUCCACCUACCACUUAAAAUGUCCAAUAUAAACAUAAUCAUAUGUAUUUCAAUUUACUAAACAACAAUGCGAAAAUCAAAGACUAGACAAACAAAUGGAAAAGAAAGGACACAAAAACAACAACCCAAAAGAAAGCAAGGAACAAAACAAAGCAUGAUAAUAGUGUCGCAUCCGAAAUCGAGAUCGCUCGCGAAUUGCUCGGAGUCGCCAUCGACCUUAUUUGUGGUGGGUCGAGCACCAUUUUUGGUCCGGUCUCGACCUCAGGGUCGAAACGAUAUCUGGCCAGCGAAUUUUGAGAUUUGGGUUCGGGAGUACGGUUACGUGUGGGGAAGUGUAUUCACACCCCACAACGUCCAAAAUUGGUACUACUUAAAUCGAUAAGUUUUUAAAUGUUGGGUGUAUUAUUAUUUGCGGCCUAUUUCGUAUUAAAUUAUAAGAUUCAAAUAAUUAGGUAUUUAUUUUUACGAUUCGAUCAUACGUCUAUUGACGCAAAAUCUCAUAAGUAAGAAAGUAUUUUUGAUUAGUUGGACUCGAACCUAUUGGUUGCCUACGUACCCGACUUAAUCGGGAUCAAAGCCCACGUAGUUCGUUCAGAAUUGAUAGGGUUUUUUUUUAUGAAGUGAUCUUAGACACGUUCUAUUAAUUGCGAUUAAGAUUAUAUGAGUUGUUAGGAAAUGGAUUUAUGAUUUUUCAACUUAGUAGUUGAAUGGUAAAAACAUCUUUCAAAUGAUUCCAUCGAGAGUAACUAUUAUGGUUUAUUUAUCAUGAUUUCGUAUUAAGAUAUUUUCUAAGUAAAACGAGCAUGGGUAUGAAUAAUGAAGCCAAAGCGAAUGU